AUGACUCCACCUUCACAAAUCGCAACGAGACCGUUUAAGACGAAUACCCCGUCAAAACGUGGACGAAAGUCUUACACAACACCCGAUGUUAUUGACGUUACAGGAAAAACGCAUUUCAUGGUGGUUCGAAGGUUGCAGACGAGCGCUAAGAAACAAAAGAAAAAGUUUAACGAAUGUAAAAAUUGCGAACAAAGUGAUGAAUAUGUGGAUAUACUCGAAAAAAGAGUAAACUCAUUGGAAAACCUAGCUAACAACCUUAAAAAGGUCACGAAUGAAAGCCCAGCUACAAGAAACUCGGUUAAUACCAACGAAUUCAAUUGCUAUUCACAUUUAGAAAUGAGCAAUAUGCUCCGGUUCGCCAAUUCAAUUGGGGAUAUCAUACAAGGAAGAAUACAAAAUACCCAACAAAGUUUACCAUCCACCACGAUUGAUGAGUUAAUCAACGAAAAUAUAAUAUCCGAGCUUUGGAAUGUUCCCGGUCACGAUAUGUUUUAA